GACACGAGGAAGAACGUUUUCCGCCUUAGGCGGGGUCAUCAUCUUUCCUGUCAAAGUUUGGCUGUUAAAAUUGACAGAGAUCGGCGAAAUUGAGCGAGUAUUAUACCCGACAGUCCGUUUUCUAACCGGAUCGAUCUGAAUAGUUUCACAGCUGUAUAAGUGAGCAGUGUAACGUACGGCGGACGUUAUCUGACUGCAGUCAUGUCCGAGGACCAGAGCUCUCAACCUUGGUCUAUCAAUAAGGAUGACUAUGAGCUACAGGAGGUGAUCGGGAGCGGAGCAACAGCAGUGGUCCAGGCCGUAUAUUGCAAACCCAGGAAUGAGAAAGUGGCAGUUAAACGCAUCAAUCUUGAGAAAUGCCAGACCAGCAUGGAUGAGCUCCUGAAAGAGAUCCAGGCAAUGAGUCAGUGCCAUCACCCAAAUAUUGUGUCUUAUUACACCUCCUUUGUGGUCAAGGAUGAGCUCUGGCUGGCCAUGAAGUUGCUCAGUGGUGGUUCAGUCCUUGAUUUUAUAAAGUACAUCAUUUCCAAAGGAGAGCACAAAUCGGGCGUCAUGGAUGAAUCCAGCAUUGCCACUAUAUUAAAAGAAGUGCUUGAGGGUCUGGAUUAUCUGCACAAAAACGGUCAGAUUCACAGGGAUGUGAAAGCUGGAAAUAUUCUUUUAGGAGAAGACGGCUCUGUUCAAAUCGCAGAUUUUGGUGUCAGUGCCUUUUUAGCAACUGGUGGAGACAUGACUAGAAACAAAGUAAGAAAGACAUUUGUAGGAACUCCAUGCUGGAUGGCUCCAGAGGUCAUGGAACAGGUCAGGGGAUAUGAUUUUAAAGCUGAUAUUUGGAGUUUUGGGAUUACGGCUAUAGAGCUGGCGACCGGGGCUGCUCCAUAUCACAAAUAUCCUCCAAUGAAGGUCCUCAUGUUAACCCUUCAGAAUGACCCUCCUUGUCUGGAGACUGGAGUUACAGAUAAAGAGAUGGUCAAAAAGUAUGGAAAAUCCUUCCGGAAGAUGAUCUCUUUGUGCCUUCAGAAGGAUCCAGAAAAACGGCCCACAGCUGCUGAGCUUUUAAAACACAAGUUCUUUACAAAAGCCAAGAACAACGAAUACUUGAAAGAAAAAUUGCUGGAGAGGGCACCGACAAUAGGAGAGCGAUCAAGGAAGGUGCGCAGGGUUCCUGGCUCCAGCGGGCGGCUCCACAAGACUGAAGAUGGCGAGUGGGAAUGGAGUGAUGAUGAGCUGGAUGUGGAGAGCGAGGAAGGCAAGGCCGCAGUGGCCGCUUUACGGUCACCAAGAGUAAAGGAGGAUGCCAUGACAAAUGCGGAGAUUUUCGCAGCAGAUCCGUCAGGUCUUCUGCAGCCGGCACCUGCAGGGCAGUCCGAAGCACCACACAACACAAAUGAAACCGCCACGAUAUCAAUUUCCUCUCCAGCCCCACAGCAGGUUGUUGGAGGACCUACAACAGUGGGCCAGGACUCUGCCAAAACUCCCAUUAGCCUGGUUCUAAGAUUAAGGAAUACAAAGAAGGAGCUGAACGAUAUCCGAUUUGAGUUCAUGCCAGGGAGAGACACCGCUGAUGGAGUGUCUCAGGAGCUCGUGUCUGCAGGACUGGUGGAUGGGAGAGACUUAGUCAUUGUUGCAGCCAACUUGCAGAAAAUUGUUGAUGAUCCUCAGACUCACAGAAACGUCACUUUCAAGCUGGCGUCAGGAGUGGACAGCUCCGAAAUUCCAGAUGACAUUAAACUCAUGGGAUUUGCUCAGCUGAGUAUAAGUUAAAAACCGCAGUAUUACCAGCAACCGGAAAACACAGACUGUGCACGACAAACGGUGCAUUGUAAAUGCUUUCAUUGGCCUGAAGAAACCACUACUGCCAAAGAAAAAGAAGAAACCUGACUACGCAUAGGAUUAACAAAUGUUAAAUAGGACUCCAUCCGAGUUCAUAGGAGCGCACUUCAAAUGUUUACAGUAUUCAUGUAUGUUUUUUUUCUCUGUUGCUUUAAACAUUUGCACAAUCUGAACCAACUCCUAAUACUGGUAGAUGUCAAAAGAAUGCCUUACUUUAGUACUACUGAACUGUAGGUAGACAGUAGCUGUGAAACGAAUGAGUGACUGCACUUUCGGCGCUCCGGGGAGAGUGUCGUUGAAGAACAUUUAAGACAGACAGCAUGUCGACACACUUCUGUAAAGUCAGUUGUUCAGCACGCCACUCGCCGAUGUGAUCGGUCAUUUUGUAGCUAUGAAGUUCACAUUGUCCUGUAACCAUGAGAGCCACGUCACCCACUCUUUCACCUCUAAACGUGUCCAGACAUACCUGUGCACCCACAUGCAUUUCCGCAGCUCUCGCUAUAGGGAUGCAUUCCCAUUUUUUGCAUGGGCUAAUGCCAGAUUGCAUGAAUGAUUUUGUCUUAUAGAACAUACACUGAUCAUUUUGCUCUCAUUAGCUUAUGAUGAAUGGGCCCUCUAAGAAAACCUCCAAGACUUUGUAUCGUAAAGAAAAAACAUUAAGAGAAAUGAAAACAUUUAGUGACGUUUUUUUGAUUAAUUUCACACAGUAGCAGAUGUUUUCAUUCUCUAUACGCAGUUUUGUAAAUUGAACAUCAUUUUGCUGUUUAAUUUACAUGCAUAUCAGUGAAGCGUAGUGGCAGUUUUUUCAAUAGUGUUACAAAACGUGAUUCGCAUUGCGUGAAGGAAAUAUCAGUGCAUGUAAUAUGGCAAAGCGGAAUUGUGUUGAUUUCUUAAAAGAAUUAAACAGUAAAGAAGAAAACCAGAGUGAUGCAUACAGACCGUUAAAUAAUCACUGGCAGAUGGAAUUCCUGAACAUUGCAAUGGAUCAUUUUGAAACUUUAAGAUCUAGUAAAAAGCUUAUGAAGGAUAAUCUCAGCAAAAUAAAAGGAGUGCAUGGAGAUGAAUGACGAAAAGUUGUGUAGAAGAUAAAAAAGAUGUUGAAUGAUAUUGGUUUCUUGAGCAGUAAAGAGCAUUGCAGCCGUGUCCUACUCACAGACCAACACAAAACAAAAGGCAAGAGUAACUUUAGUCGGUCUGUUCCUUCCUGCUUAAUAUCAUCUGUCUCACCUGUAGACUCAUAACUGACUCCUUUGGUGUAUAGGACAUGUAUUCACAUGUGUUUUUAUUUCUCCCCUAAACAAAAGUAACAUUGUCAUUAUUGCCUCUGGUUUUCUGUGGGCCAAUAACAGUUUUUAUGUUUUGCUGGAUUUGUUUUUGUUUUUCUACACUCCAUCUCAAGGUUACGGUUUCAUUUUUUUAGGUCGUUUAGAUUGCUCUGUCUAUUUUAAGGUGGUUUUAAACCCACGAGUUUCAGACACGGUCAAUGAUUCAUUCGCUGUUACUUUCGAAUAUAUGUGUGUGUUUGUGGAAUUGACUUUAUGUGAGUUGAAUUCUCAAGUAUAAACAAUGAAUGUGGGUGGGGUCUCUGAGUACUUGAUCAAAAAGUCCUGUAAAUAAUAAAAUUGAUGUUGUUUAUAUAUAAUAUAAACAGUAUACAGUACAUACCGUUCACAGUUGGCCUUUAUAUGGAACGCACGUGCUGGUUUGUCUUAUGUUUUGUCUUAUUUUGGUUUGUGUUGGGAAACAUUUGGCUCAAAGGGUUUCAUUACUAAAAAUUUGUAGCUGGUUGAAGUCCCUCCUCUACAUUUUAAUUUUACUCCACCAGCAUUGAAGCGUUCCAAAAAGCCAACCUACACCCCACACUCAUUUAGUGUCUCUUUAGCCUCUUGAUGUUUGAUGACAUUGUUAGAGCAGUUUGGAGGGAUUCCUAAUAGUAUUUGUAAUACUCAAUUUUAUUUGUAAAUGCACUUCAUUCGUAUUCAAAGCACUAGAUGUAAUACAAGUUUUGUAUGAGUUACAUGGGACGUCAUAGUGAGAUAAACGUAGGAGUUAUUUUCACAUGCACAGCAAAAUCGCCAGUGUUAAAAAAGG